AUGUCAAACCGUAAGCCGAGGAUCAUUAAAGGACGAAAAGUUCGUGGAAAGCAAGGUGAAAUAGGUAGGAGAACAUCUUCAUCGUGAAUAACAUUAUUUUAUAAAGAAAUCUUGAAAGCUUUAGAUAUAACAUUUAUAAAUAAGAUGUAAUGGCAUUAGAAGAUAGUAUAAAGUAGUAUAUGAAAUGGCAAUAUUAUAUUUUCAGUGCAAAAACUCCCCGAACCAAUUCCGGACGUUGAUGACGAGCUCAACAAGAACUUCAUUGUACAAGCCGGAGUGGCAGUAAAGGCUCCCGAAUCUGUUAUUGUAAGGUUGCCAAUUGAACGGGAAGUUCAAUUAGUACCUGGUAAGUGACUUUUUAUUUAAAAAUUGUGUUUUUUAAAUGUAUAAUACGAAAUUUUGUGUUGUUUAGCUACCACCAGGGCCGGGCGGGGACUUUUGGUCUGGGGGCGGGGGUCCAAAAAAUCGGCACAGGUAGCUGAAAAUCCACAGGGGGGACCACGUUCAACUUUUUUCAAAAAAUUUUUUUUUGGGGGGGGAAGAUUUCACUUAGGUUAACUAUAUUUCUAUUGGGAGUUAGGUUGUAAAGAAAUUUUUUUAAAACGUUAUUGCAGUUUUGUUCAAAUGGGGUUUUCGUGGUGGGACCAAAAAUUUUUGGAGUUUUUUUGCUUUUCAUGGUAAAAAAUUACAAAGUUAGACAAAAUUUAGCGAUAAAAGCUUUGAAAUGAAUUAAAAAGCAAAUAAAAGCAGUUUCAUGACCAUUCAUUUUUUAAAAAUGUCAGAAUUUCAGAAGAAUCCACGGUAAUGGAAUGUUAUCCAUGCCCAUUCUGCUCCAAGCUCUUUCUCACUCAAAAUGGUCUCGAGAAGCACGGCAUGGAACUACACAAAGAUCGAAUGCCAGAAAUCAUGAUAUUGAUCCAGAGGAUUCGAAAAAUUUGGGAAUAUUUCAAUCAAACUCCAGGAGCUCGAGCCAAGGCCCUCGAAGCCAAGAAAGAGGCUGAAAAACCGAUGGAAGAAGCCGAGGAGGAACCGGAAGACAUGUGUAGACGUUGUGGAAUGACACACGAUAGUGAUAAAGCAGAAACGAGCAACAGUCAUCGAAAGCUUCAUGAUGGAAACGAUCGCUUUAGGACCAAAAUUCAACAAAAAUAUGGACAAAUGGUAGGUUUGGGGAGUAUAAGAUAAUUUUUCUUGUGAAUUCAACAAGAAAUGAUUAGUGUUUGAUUAUUCAAAUAACAUAUUUGAUUGUUUGUAACAUUUCCAGUACUCAUCCGAGCUAGUAUGCGAUCAAUGUGAUGUGAUAUUCAUGACCAAAACCAUGUUAAACCACCAUUUCUUGAUGUCUCACCAAGAUUCGAAGCCAGAAGUCAUGAAAUGUGACAUUUGUUGGGAGAAUUAUGACACAAAAGAGCUGGAGAAUCACAUGGAGAUCGAGCACAACAUCAACUCUUACUUGCUGAGGUUUGGGAGCACCACACUCGAACAGAAUGAACAAUAUUCACAUUGGUAGGUAGUGGUGGGAAAGUUAGGAAACGUGAUGUUUCGACCAAUUAAAGGUCUCGAAAAGGAUAAAAUAAGGUUUUCUGUAUAAAACACUGCUGUAUUAUAUAUAAAAUUACCAUAUAAUACCUAAGUUUACCUUACAGUAAAUGAAAAUGACCUUAUAGUACCUAACACUUACAAAUCUCACCCUUUUUUGUUACAGUAACCAAUGCACUGAAUGUGGAGCCGUCUAUGGCAAUCUACGCAAAGUCCAUGAUCAUAUACAUCACUAUCACUCAAUAAAACCCCCAUUUGAUGGACAACUUGUUCAUGAUCAUGAGAUACGACUGUCAUGUACGAUAACCGAUGAUACGACAGAAUCCGUAGCCAUAUGUUGUUCACAAAGAAUCCAAGCUUCACAGAUACGAUCUCAUUUGAAAAUGUUUCACCACAAGUGA